GGGCCGAGGUACUGAGGGAACCGCAACCAUGAAUGUGGUACUGGCAGUCAAGCAGUAUGUGUCCAAGAUGAUAGAGGACAGUGGGCCUGGCAUGAAGGUGCUGCUCAUGGACAAGGAGACGACCAGCGUGGUGAGCAUGGUGUACACACAGUCUGAGAUCCUGCAGAAGGAAGUCUAUCUAUUCGAACGUAUAGAUUCCACCAACCGAGAGAGCAUGAAGCACCUGAAAGCCAUAUGUUUCCUGAGGCCCACUAAGGAAAAUGUGGAAUAUUUGAUCAAGGAGCUGCGCAGGCCCAAAUACAGCGUCUAUUUCCUCUACUUCAGCAAUGUGAUCAGCAAAAGCGAUGUGAAGUCCCUGGCAGAGGCAGAUGAGCAGGAAGUAGUGGCUGAGGUUCAGGAAUUCUAUGGAGACUACAUUGCUGUAAACCCCCACGUCUUUUCUCUUAACAUCGUGGGCUGUUAUCAGGGACGUAACUGGGAUCCAGUCCACCUAUACAGAACAACUCAAGGACUGACUGCCUUGUUGCUGUCUCUAAAGAAGUGCCCCAUGAUCCGAUACCAGCUGUCUUCAGACAUGGCUAAGAGACUGGCUGAAGGCGUGAAGCAAGUCAUCACAAAGGAAUAUGAGUUGUUCGAGUUUCGUCGGACUGAGGUUCCACCUUUGCUGCUUAUACUAGACCGCUCCGAUGAUGCCAUCACACCGCUACUAAACCAGUGGACGUACCAAGCCAUGGUCCACGAAAUGCUGGGCAUCAAUAAUAAUCGUAUUGACCUGUCUCGCGUGCCAGGGAUAAGCAAGGACCUGAAGGAGGUGGUGUUGUCUGCAGAGAAUGAUGAGUUUUAUGCCAAUAACAUGUACCUGAACUUUGGAGAAAUCGGAACAAACAUCAAGAAUCUAAUGGAAGAUUUUCAGAAGAAGAAACCCAAAGGCCAACAGAAACUGGAGUCUAUUUCUGACAUGAAGGCUUUUGUAGAAAACUACCCACAGUUCAAGAAAAUGUCAGGUACUGUGUCCAAACAUGUGACGGUGGUUGGAGAACUGUCCCGCUUGGUCAGCGAAAGGCAUCUCAUGGAGGUGUCAGAAGUGGAGCAGGAACUGGCCUGCCAGAAUGACCACUCCAAUGCCCUGCAGAAUGUGAAACGCCUUCUUCAGAACCAGCGCUUAGCGGAGUUGGAUGCUACACGACUGGUCAUGCUGUAUGCUCUGCACUAUGAAAGGCACAGCAGUAACGCUCUGUCAAGCCUUUUAAAUGACCUCAGAGUCCGAGGGGUAUCUGAAAAGUACCGCAGGCUGGUGUCUGCGGUGGUGGAAUAUGGUGGAAAGAGAGUAAGAGGGAGCGACCUGUUUAGCCCAAAGGAUGCCGUGGCAAUCACCAAACAGUUCUUUAAAGGGCUAAAGGGAGUGGAAAAUGUCUACACUCAGCAUCAGCCGUUUCUCCUCGACACUUUGGAUCAGCUCAUCAAGGGAAAGCUGAAGGACAAUCUGUAUCCAUACCUGGGUCCUAACACCCUCCGAGACAGGCCUCAAGACAUCAUUGUGUUUAUGGUUGGAGGAGCAACAUAUGAGGAAGCCUUUGCCGUUUAUAAUCUGAACCGCACAACACCAGGGGUCCGUAUCGUGCUAGGUGGAACUGCCAUUCAUAACACUAAGAGUUUCCUGGAGGAAGUGCAAUCGGCCGGGUUCCCGGGUCGGUCUGGGGAAAGCUAUCAGCCUGCUUCGAAGUCAUCAGUCAGGCGAUGAGGACAAAGCCUUUGCCAUUCAUCUGCGUCAUUCACCCCUGAGCCCCCGCAGGAGGUCUGCCCUGUCAUGCUGUGUUAAUGAGCUAUUUCAUGCCCUGUGUUAUUAUGCACACUGCUUUAACACUCCUGUUUGAUGAUGUCCCAGCCUUUUCCAUUGCCUAACCAGGGACAAUAGUCUGUUACACACACAAACAUCGACCACUCUGGUGCCCUGCGGGUUAACAGGGAAAUAAAUAUUUCAUGGGACCAAUCUGGUAAGAGGGACAGACAGUCUGCGGUUCUUAAUCUGCUCCUGAACUACAACUCUCAGUAUCCUUUAUAACAGGGGUGGGCAAACUUUUAUGCUCAGGGGCCACAUUGACUUUUAAAAUUUGACAGACGGGCCGGGCCCGGCCAGCAGGGUCACUGCGCUUACAUGCAGUCUUGACGCCAAGUCAAAGACAGAAGCGUGAGGUUUGCUAUUAACUUUUCUGAAGGCAUGAGUAGCAAUCUGGGACUGCGGUCUCUGUUAGGAAAAGCCAAACAGGCCGGACGUGGCCCACGGGCCAUAGAUUGCCCACCCCUGCUUUAUAAGAAUUCUGGGAGUUGUAGUUCUGGGGCAUAGAGAGCAGCACACAAGAGCACUGCAUCCCCUCUACCAGCCAAUGACACUAAGGUUGAAGCGCGUAGCCCUUAAGCAAUGAAAUUCAACUGCCCGGCAGGGGUUGCACCGAGGGCUCUCUAGCCGUGGUGCACAAUAUAUGUAUAUUUAUAAUUUUCUCUUCUUCCGAGGACAUUUGAUUAAACUGGUGACAUUGUGUAUAAUUAA